UUUCAUGGAGGAAGAGUUAAGCUACACUCUAUACUGGCAACCCUUUCUGAAUUUGAACAUGCUGAGAAGGGUGAUGCUUUGUAUGCAAUGGAACUAGCACUGUCCUUGGAGAAGUUGACAAAUGAGAAACUUCUGAGCUUGCAUGGUGUGGCUGCUCAAAACAAUGAUCCUCAAAUGACUGAGUUUAUUGAGCGUGAAUUUCUAGCUGAGCAGGUGGAAGCAAUUAAGAAAAUUGCAGACUUUGUCACUCAGUUGAGACUGGUUGGAAAAGGACAUGGUAUGAAUCAAGUUUCAAUGUCACUCAUCGCUAAGCUUGAUUUGGUGACACAAACAAAAUCCAAAUUUGUUUUGGAGAACAGCAAGGUUCAUGUAUUAAAUUAUGAUUUCUAUAACUUGAGUGGAUGUACAUAGAUACUAAGGGUAGAGGUUUUUUUUUUUUUUUUACUGUUUAUUUUUUAACUGACCUUCAAGUGUUUUGAAUUGCUUGAAGAGUUAGUGUUGCUGUUCAGAGAGAACUUCAAACUCGAGUCUGAUCGCUCUUGCAUACAUCUGGAGUUCGAUAUAUUGUUUACUUUUAUUUUUGGUUGUGUUUGUUGUUUGAUUUUGGUUUAGAAAUAAUCAUAUAAUGUUUUUAGUCAA